UUAAAAUGGGUUUGCUUUGGAUUCUGUCGCUGACAAAGAGGACAAACUAAUGGAAACCAAGGGCAAGACUACUUGUCCACUGUGGAAGAGUAGCUAGCUAGAUAGAUAAGUUAGCUUCUAGUUCCUGAUAUAUAGCUAGCAAGAAGCUUCUCUAAGGCAAGAUGAGUGGUCAUUCUGGUCAAAGUCCUGUGCCCGUCGACAGCAAUGGCAUUACUCCAUUUCAACAGAUGUUGGCUUCCUGCUAAUGGGCUCUCCUGACGUCAUUGUUCGUCACACCUCUGGAUGUUGUCAAGAUCAGACUCCAGGCUCAGAAAAGUCCCUUUCCCAAAGGGAAAUGCUUUGUGUAUUGCAACGGCCUGAUGGACCAUACCUGUGUGUGUACGAACGGAAACUCCAAGGCCUGGUACAAGGCCGCCGGCCACUUCAACGGCACUCUGUGGGCUCUGUGACAGUGAUCAGUCCGUUGGAGCUGAUCCGUACUAAGAUGCAGGCCCAGAGACAUUCAUACAGGGAGCUGAGUGAGGUUAUCCGCUCUGCAGUACGCAACGAGGGCUGGCGGUCUCUCUGGAGGGGCUGGGGACCCACACUGCUUAGAGACGUCCCCUUCUCAGCCAUGUACUGGUAUAACUAUGAGAACGGGAAGGUGUGGCUGUGUAAGCACAACAACAUCAGAGAGCCAACGUUUGCCAUCACCUUCAUAUCCGGAGCAGUGUCUGGAUCAAUCGCUUCCAUAGUAACGCUGCCCUUCGACGUAGUAAAGACCAGGAGGCAGGUGGAGAUAGGGGAACUCCAGGCUAUGAAUUUGUCGUCCAAGGCCUCCUCCUCCACUCUCAGUGUGAUGACCAAGAUUGUGGCUGAGAACGGCGUGGGUGGACUGUUUGUAGGUUUCCUCCCCAGGGUGAUCAAGGUGGCCCCAGCCUGUGCCAUUAUGAUCAGCUGUUAUGAGUUUGGGAAGGCCUUCUUCCGCAAGCACAACCAGGAGAGGCUGCUGACCAGCAACACCUGACCUGACUAGGGCCUCUCACACACACAGACCACAACCAUAGACAAUACCAAGAACAGAAUCAGCCAUCGCCAACAGCAGGUAUUGGCUACCUGUACAUUUCCCUGGGUUCUUAGAGAUGUUCAGGCGUAGCAUUGCUUGCCUGUGUCCUCUCAGCUGCUUAGACACUCCAACACCCCCUCACUGUUAUAAAGUGUUCAAGUGUGUGAUGUCAUGUGACUAGCUGGAAGUAGCUAAUGUUGGCGUUUAGGACCUAAGAACGCCAGGACGUGAUUCUGUUCCAAAGCAGGAAAUACUGGCAGACAUGAAAACAAAAUGGAAGACAAAUAGUUGUAGGGAUCAAUAUUAUUCAUAUUUUAUCUUAUAUUUCUCAAUCAAGGUACACUGCACUUAACUACCGUACUAAUUGUGACAAGAGAAAAUAGCAAAAGUGCACAAAUUGUGAAAAAUAAUUUGCGUAAUGUUUUUCCUCUGCCCCCAUGAUGAAAUAUCAAGUUAUGAAGUGCAUUUAAUACACUGGCCUGUAGGUGGUAUCAGAGACUUGUCUGGAACCAGAAACUGGGGGUUCCUAUUGGACAAGUAAUACCACCUCUGUUUCAAAAUGUUUUAUCCCAUUACGUUAAUUGUUGAGGUAUGGGGUUGUGUGCACUGUGCCAUCCGGGGUCUGACCGUAAUAAAAAUAAUUUGAUGGAUGUUUAUGUUUGUCCUGUUUCACACAUAUGCAUGUGUGAAAUGGGUAAAUUUGUUUUUUGCAUAUCCCGACUUCUCCUGAGACAACCUCGGAGAGUGAGUCAGGGACAGUAGAGAUGAGUGUCAAAGCUUUGGAUGAGGCGGGAUAACUUCUGGUUCGUAGUCUCUGUCCCAUAGAAUCCCCUCUCAUUCCCUACCGCUUUCUCUCAGGCUCUAUCUCAAUUCAUAACCCUAACCCGAUCACCUCAUUCUCAAUCGUGUUGGAAGAGAAGGUCCAAGGUCCUUCAGGAUAAAUGUUAUGUUCAGUGCCAGACUGCCAGUUUAAAUUAUUGUAUUACCUGAAAUUCAACUCAUAACUUCCAACUCUUCCAGAAUCCCAUUUUCAACCCCCACUCAGCCAGACAUGGACUGUGAACUGUGACAAGCUGUACAUGUUCUCUAAACAUGUAUCAAUGAUAGAUAUUUAUAUUGUUUUAAUAUAUUCUACAGUGAUCACCUGCAGUGACACGUUUUCUUUCUUUGUACAGAAAUACAUAGAGAAUAAAAGUCACGUUUUGAAUUGUUUAA